UUAAUGAUAAAAUUCCUCCAUUACUGCAGUUGUUUACACUAGCGACCCCGUUGCCCGCAAGUUCCAACAAGCGCACCGUUUUUCAGGUGCAUUUUGGGAUAAAAUGGCUGCGCCCAUGAAGAAGUUCUUGACCAGAAUUGUUGCUCAAACUGGGGAAUCACCUAUUGGUUCAGUUAUAUUUUUGCAUGGAUCGGGUGAUACUGGAAUGGGUGUGCAAGAAUGGGUAAAUAGUGCUCUUGGCUUGAAACAGUUGACAUUCCCACAUCUUAGAAUACUGUACCCUACAGCACCUGCUAGGUCUUACACCCCUAUGAUGGGACAAUACUCCAAUGUAUGGUAUGACAGACAACAUAUAUCACCAUCAGCUCCUGAUGAUACUUCUGUAGAUACAAUGGCAGCCGACCUUUCUGAACUUAUUAAAUCAGAGGUAGAACUUGGCAUCCCAGUCAAUAAGAUUGUUAUAGGAGGAUUUUCAAUGGGUGGAGGUAUGGCUUUACAGCUGGGAUACAGAUAUCUGCGUGAAGUAGCUGGCGUGUUUGCCCUCUCGAGCUUCCUUGGCACACAGUCAUUAGUUUAUCAGGCCCUGAAAACUGACUCAAGAUCAUUACCACCUUUGUUUCAAAGUCACGGUGAAGAGGAUAGUUUAGUGAUGUAUUCAUGGGGGAAAGACACCUUUAACAAACUGUCAGAACUGGGUGUGAAGGGACAGUUUCAUUCUGUACCAGGUCUAUAUCAUGAUUUAGACAAACAAACAUUACUGAAAGUCUGUGACUGGAUCAGUGAGCAGGUUCCACCAAGUUGAUAAUUGUAGCAGAGUCUUCAGACUUAUAUGUCAGAAUUUUAUAAUACUGCACAUUCAUACUUGAUCAGUUUUGAUUGAACAUUCAACAGUCAUGUAUAUUAUCGUACAUGCCUGAUACAAAUGAAUUAAUAAAGUAAUUUAGUAUUUUUCAAUCAAAGAAAACAGUUGUGCAGUAUUUUAAUUCAUUUAUAAAUAACUUUGAAGGUUAUAUGGCUGUAUAUAAACAGUUUGCUACUGUAUAUAGCCUUUUUCUUGUGGCUUUGUUUUUAUAUAAAAUUUCAACCAUUUAUACAUGGCCAUAAAACUCUGUCAAAAAAUAAUAAUAUAAUAUAUGACAGUAUUCCAGAUAUAUAGUCAGCAACAUUGAAUCAUUUUGAUUAUUACUGUAAAUUAUUUGGCACACCAGCUGAAUUCCAUAAUCAUUGUGAAAAGUAUUAUAAAACUUGAGAUGAGGCUGGUUGGCUCCUUCUUGGUUUAACUUUAAAAUGGACCAGUCACAGGAUCGCUUUCCAGAAUCUAUUCAUUUCUUAACUUUUUAUAGGAAUUUUAUAUUCAUACCAUAUAAAUGUCCUCAUAAAAAUGAUUUUUAUAGUUUCUCAAAUAUCAUUUUAUCAUGAAAGCACCAUGUUAUUUUAGUCUCACUAUUAACAGGAAAUACUGGAACAUUCAUAUAAACAGAAAAUGUUAUUUAAAAGUAUGUUUUUAUCAGGUACAGUGUGAUUAUGAAAUUUGUACCGAAAAUCAAUAAUCUUUCCAACGGUACAUUAAACAUGAACGUUCAUGGUGUAUUAUAGGUGUACUUUCAUGUGCAAAUCAUGGUCAAAUUCAGUUAUCUCAUUCACACCACAUAGUAACUCGUGCACACGACUUAAUUAUCCCGUGUGCACGACCACACGAGAUACAUAAAAACACACAUGUCACCUCUGUGCCACCGAAGGAACAUUUUAUUUUUGUCCCACGUUUU